GCCGCGCCAGAGGUCAGCAGAGCUUAAGUUGUGGAAACAGGCGAGCAGCGCAUCAGCUGGACGCGCUCCGUUAUUACUAAUUAUACGACUCACUGUCAUUUUUACAGGAUACCCGGGUUUUUACUAAGUAAAGAUUGACUACAAAAGUGACUGAAGAUGUCACCUUACAUUUUGAGGAAAGAAGUUUGCUCGUAGGCUGCUCUUUGACUCGACUGCACGCACAACCGCUUUUUCCUCUUUUGUUUCCAAGAAGGCAACCUAUAUGUAUAUACUUUUCAUUGUAAUUUUACACAAUGGAACAUUUGGACGAAAGCUUCUUAUUCAUGAACUACUCGUUGUGUGACUUCGGAAUACAGAAUGAGACCAUUAUCUGCAUUCAAGAAAACGACACUCAACCUCCAGCAGCACUGCAAUCGCCUCAAGGCUUUUAUUGGACAGUGAGGAUCGUUUUAUACAGCUUGAUAUUUCUGCUCAGUAUAGUUGGAAAUUCACUCAUCAUUGCUGUGCUGGUAAGAAACCGGCGCAUGAGGACAGUAACAAAUAUAUUCCUGCUGUCUUUAGCUGUGAGCGACUUGAUGCUCUGUCUCUUCUGUAUGCCCCUCAACUUGAUCCCCAAUCUGAUGCAAGAUUUCCGAUUUGGUAGCAGCGUCUGCAAACUUGCCACCUACUUCAUGGGUAUCUCAGUAAGCGUGUCCACAUUCAGCCUAGUUGCUAUUUCUUUGGAGAGAUAUAGUGCUAUCUGCAAUCCUUUGAAGUCCAGAGCCUGGCAGACCAAGUCUCACGCUUUAAAAGUAAUAUCUGCUACUUGGGUUGUUUCUUUCAUUAUUAUGCUACCAUACCCUAUCUCCAGUUCCUUGGUCCCCUUUAACAGAAGUAAUAACAGCACUGGAAACAUGUGUCGCCUGACCUGGCCAAGCGAUGUAAUUCACCAGUCUUGGUCCAUCUUUUUGCUACUGAUUCUAUUCCUUAUCCCUGGCUUUGUAAUGAUGACUGCUUAUGGACUAAUUUCUUUAGAACUCUACAGAGGAAUUAAGUUUGAAAUGAGCCUAAGGAGAUCAUCCAGAGAGAGAAACUUCAGCACCAGCAGCUUCAAACAGCAUGAUGGAGAUGGAUGCUAUCUUCAAAAACCCAAGAAAAAAAAAAUGGAAAUGCAGACAGUGACGACCAGCAGCAGCAGCAGCCUCAAGAUCAACAGGGUGAGAAGCAACAGUUCAACAGCCAACCUGAUGGCCAAAAAGAGAGUAAUCCGGAUGUUAAUUGUCAUUGUGAUCCUGUUCUUCAUUUGCUGGACACCUUUAUUCAGCGCCAAUGCCUGGAAAGCCUUUGAUCGGGAUUCUGCUGGCAGACUGCUCUCAGGAGCACCCAUUUCAUUCAUCCAGCUGCUCUCUUACACUUCAGCCUGUGUGAACCCCAUUAUUUACUGCUUUAUGAACAAGCGCUUUCGAAUGGGCUUCUUGGCUACAUUCACCUGUUGCAAGAAAGGCCAUGCCCUUUCACGGGACACCGAUGACGAGGGAGGAAAUACAAGUGCCAGUCUUUCCAGCAGGCUCACGCAGACCCAGAAGUGCUGAGAGAAUGCCAAAGACAAGUCCAGAGGCGGCCUGGAAUAACGUUUGAGAAAUGGAAGUCGGACUGCAUUGAGCAGACAACUGAAUCAGCACUUGGAAUGAGGAGCUUUCUCAUGGGAUUAAAGAUUCUGAUGACACGAGAGAACUACUAAAGCCUUCCAUGCAAAUGUGAAAACCUGUAUGGGACAACACAUUAGGCCAAAAAAAAAAAAAAAGAAUCCUAAAGCUUGGCUGUGUGGUAACGUGACAUUUCUUGGCUCUUGAGCCACUGUGAAGUGAGAUCACUGGCCAAUGCAGAUCAAAGUAAAAAUCUUGGAGGGCAGGGGGCUAUCCAGUCCUGAAUUUGCAAGGUCACGUAUUCUGUUACAGGAGGGCGCUACUGAACUCAGAUCACAGACGUCUGCGAUCGCUGCAGGCUUUCAUUGUAAGCAGAUUCCUGUUAUUGAUUGGACUCCAUUGUUAGUCUGAUGUCGUGUUUUCUUGUCACUGUCCUCAAUCUUUGCAUUUUGAACUAAUUCAAUGUAAGAAACAUAACAAAGCUGUGCGUGAAUAUUGUGACAUGCUGGUCCACUAGGGUGCAUGUACUUUGUUUUUUUUCUCUUUUUUAAAUUUAACAAGUGACUGUGAAACGUGACAAAGAAUGUGCAGUUCCUCUGCAGGGCUCAUUCCACACAGAGUGUUUCAAAAUUGUUUAGUCAGAGAGCAUAACAGACAUGUCAAAACAGCAAACAUGCACUUUUAGGAACUCACAUUUUUGAACUAAAGCAGGUUUGGUAAAACGCCGUGGAGAAGCAACAGUCCUACCGUAAUGUCAUUCAGAACACUCAUUGUGAUUAAACAACGGCUUUAAUAAGACAUGAAUCAGACUCGGUAAGCUGCACCCAGUGCUGGCCUCUACAGAUACUGCUGGGUCAAGGGGCAAACAUCGAGUAUAAGAGAGGAUCAGCUCUGGCUGGGAUGCUAGUCCAUUGCGUAGGCUGCAUGACUUUGGCAUGUUGGAGGAAACCCAAAUUUACUUCAUCCUUUUGAGCGUGUAAGUAAUUAACCCUAAAAUAACCCCAGAACAGUAUAAGAUGUUUUGAAAUAUGUCUUUUUAGUUUUGUUGGUCAAGAUCAGAGUCCAAACCUGGUCACCAACUGUGUGACAGUAAAUAUAUUGUCACUAUGUUCACCUGAUUCUUCUCUUCUUCUUUUACUUGAAAGUGUUCUUAAAGGUCGGCCCUUCAAAUCCUCUGUCUCCUUGUAUCUCUGCCCUUAGGCCCAGCUUAAUCAUCAGCAAAGUAGUAGAUCUUACUUUUUUCAUUUUGGAUAUUUUUUGUUUAGUACAGCCAUCACCAGAUGUCCCCAGAGACAUAUGUGUUAGGUUCACUGACGCCAUGACUGACAGAGUGAGUGUGUCCAAUGACCAACUGCUGUUCCGGGUUUGGUUGCCUAAAGAGGACGCAUCUAGAAUACAGUGGCUAACUGCGCUCUGAAUUGUAAUAAGCUAGUGGAGAAAAAUGAAUGGACUGUUGGGCAGAAUACCUUUGUUUUAAGUUAAGCCUACAUUUAUCAUGGAUUAUAGCCAUUCUCAGAGGAUACUACACAAAUCCAAUAAAAAGAGGUGCAUCAGACAGGAGAAUAAAUGCUUCACGGCAGUUGUAAAUGAUGUCAACUGAGACACCAGCCAGUCUCAAGAAAUUUGCACCUAUUGUGAUUGAGAGCUUUGGGUCAGACCCAGAUAACCUGGACUUAUCGUACAAGGCGAUCAAAAAGACUAAACUCAACCAAGAGGGAUUGUCAUACAAAUUAAAGAAAGGAUGUUUGUAGUUUUAACUAACUCCACUAGAGAGAUUCUAAUAAUUUACUGUGUUUAAAAAUUCAAAUGGACAUAAAUAACUGAUAUGCCAAUGUAGGUGUACAGUGGCAGCAUAUCUUGAGAUGUUCACAUCUGGAACUGCAAGGCUGAAGGUCAGGAGUUCAUUAUUGCUGCCAUCUUAGGCAGAUCAAACCGUAGAAUGUCAGACUACAAGAGAGAGUGGAAUGCUUUCUGUAAGUGGAUGUUACUUGAAUUAUCUGCUGCAAGCAGUGUUACCACCCCUAUAUUUUUGUCUCCCGAGUCUGUGUUUUUUCAUCACAAUUUAUGUAUUCUUGAACUAGUUUCUUACAUAAAUGUGUUGUUUCAUACAUCUUAACAAAAACUUAGCAACUCCGCACAUCUCUAAAAUGUAAUUACUAGUCUGUGCAUGACCAAAUUAACUUGGUGAUUGUGAUUGGUGACGUCACAUCCUGCAUAGUGCUUAUGCCUUAGUGUCAGUCAUGUGCUGAUAGCAAAAGAGGUCACUAAAUAUUAACUGCUAUACUUGGAAGUCACCAAAAUCUGUCAUCGAGGACAUUAAAGAAGGACAGGGCCAUAAACGAUGAUGUGAAAAAUUCAAAAAGUACAAACUGGAAAAUUUCAAGUUAAAGUUGUUGAUUUGAGUGAAGUGUUUAAUGUUCUGCUCCCAAGUUUGAAUUUGACAU